AUGCAGGUCAAGGGGACGGGCUUGGCGAACCGCUGCCCGGAGGUCGAGGGCGCCAAGGGCGCUAUCAAGCUCGACUCGGGUAAGUCGUACAAGAUCGUCGACCUUUGCUUGGAGCCCAAGACGUUCCAGGUUGAGGAGGAAGUCUCCGGCAAGCGUAAAGGAGAGGUUAAGAAGGCCUUUGUUGAUACUAAGCUGAUGACUAGGGCGACGUAUACGCUUACUGGGAUUGAAGGGCCGUUGAAGGUCGGCAAUAAUGAGGUUGUGUUUGAGGAGAAGGAUGGUAUUGACUACGCUGCUACGACUGUGCAGCUGCCCGGUGGGGAGCGUGUCCCGUUUUUGUUCACGGUUAAGAAUUUGAUCGCAAAGGCCGAUGGCACAGACAUCACGACCGCCACAGAGUUUGGCGGUGACUUCAAGGUCCCGUCGUACCGCUCGGGGCUCUUUCUGGACCCUAAGGGCCGCGGUGGUACCACUGGGUAUGACAUGGCAGUAGGCUUGCCAGGCAUGGAGGCCGACGGUGGCGAGGGCCAGGACGAGAUCUUCAAGGAGACUAACAAGGUGUUCCAGGUUACCGACGGCGCGAUCGAGAUGGCCGUCCAGAAGAUCGACGCCGCUAACGGCGAAAUGGCAGGCGUGUUCGUGUCGGAGCAGCUGUCCGAUACGGAUAUGGGAGCAAAGACGCCAAAGAAGGUGUUGCUUAAAGGCGUGUUCUACGGGCGUGUCGAGGAGUCUUGAGGUCGGCUGCUUUGUCGUGCUUAUUUAGUGCUAGUCGUUGUGCAUGCGCAUUGGGGUUGAGUGGGGUUCGGGCGUUCGAUUCGCUUUGUUAUGCGUAGACGCGGCGUGGGUCACCGGUAAAAGUCAUUUCAUCUGAA